AUGACCAUGGCUUCUCCGAGUUCCUUCACCUACUUCUGCCCUCCAUCUUCCUCCCCUGUCUGGACAGAGCCGCUGUACAGCCUGAGGCCGGAGCACGCGCGGGAGCGGUUGCAGGACGACUCGGUGGAAACAGUCACGUCCAUAGAACAGGCAAAAGUAGAAGAAAGGAUCCAGGAAGUCUUCAGUUCUUACAAGUUCAACCACCUGGUACCAAGGCUUGUUUUGCAGAGGGAAAAACACUUCCACUAUCUGAAGAGAGGCCUCCGGCAGCUGACAGACGCCUAUGAGUGUCUGGAUGCCAGCCGUCCAUGGCUCUGCUAUUGGAUCCUGCACAGCUUGGAGCUGCUGGAUGAACCCAUCCCCCAGACAGUGGCUACUGACGUGUGUCAGUUCCUGGAACUGUGUCAGAGCCCAGAAGGCGGCUUCGGAGGGGGUCCCGGGCAGUACCCCCACCUUGCACCCACAUACGCCGCGGUCAAUGCGCUGUGCAUCAUUGGCACUGAGGAGGCCUAUGACGUCAUCAACAGGGAGAAGCUGCUCCAGUAUCUGUACUCCCUGAAGCAACCGGAUGGCUCGUUCCUCAUGCACGUGGGAGGCGAGGUGGACGUGAGAAGCGCGUACUGUGCAGCCUCGGUCGCCUCGCUGACCAACAUCAUCACCCCUGACCUGUUUGCGGGCACUGCUGAAUGGAUAGCCAGAUGUCAGAACUGGGAAGGCGGGAUUGGUGGUGUGCCAGGAAUGGAAGCCCACGGUGGCUAUACUUUCUGUGGCCUGGCUGCAUUGGUGAUCCUCCAGAAAGAACGGUCCUUGAACUUGAAGAGCCUCCUGCAAUGGGUAACCAGCCGGCAGAUGCGAUUCGAAGGCGGCUUCCAGGGCCGCUGCAACAAGCUGGUGGACGGCUGCUACUCCUUCUGGCAGGCGGGGCUGCUUCCCCUGCUGCACCGUGCGCUGCAUGCUCAAGGUGACCCAGCACUCAGCAUGAGCCACUGGAUGUUCCAUCAGCAGGCCCUGCAGGAGUAUAUUCUGAUGUGCUGCCAGUGCCCUGCGGGGGGCCUUCUGGAUAAGCCGGGCAAGUCACGUGACUUCUACCACACCUGCUACUGCCUCAGUGGUUUGUCCAUAGCCCAGCACUUCGGCAGUGGGGCCAUGUUACAUGACGUGAUCCUGGGCGUGCCCGAAAAUGCUCUGCAGCCCACCCACCCCGUGUACAACAUCGGGCCGGACAAGGUGAUCCAGGCCACCACGCACUUCCUGCAGAAACCCGUGCCCGGCUCCGAGGAGUUCAAGGACGAGGUGACUGCAGAGCCUGCCACCGUCUAGACGGCCUGUGGGCCCUGCUGCCCUGCUCCCCCACGCCCCAGCUCAGACCAGGUGUACGUACGUAUUCCGAUCCAUAGUGCGCCCCAGCCUUCGCCACCGUGCAGCUGUGGAUCUCUGUCUUUUCUCGUCACACCACACCACAAACCAAACCAAACUGAUGGCUCUCCCUUAGGAGAACACAGCAAUGUGGUUUAAGUUAUUUCCACCAGUUUUCCAAGUAAAACUCUCUCAGCUGUGUGAUUGCGCUGUGGGGAGCAGCUGUGGCUGGGAGGAAGCGACACCUGCUCACAGCUGCAGCCUGCUCCACACGGAAACGAACAGGUGUCUGUGGCCUGACAGCAUCCACAGCCCCUGCCAGGACUCUGUGUGCACCUGCCACCAAGGGCGCCUCGCUGGAUAUACAAAUGCUGCCCCAGACCCUGCUUCCAUGAGUGCCCUGGACAGGACCACAUGGGGCUAUGCCAAGGCGCCUCCCACCCUGACCAUCUGCAGAAGAAAGGAGCCGUGGUGAGACCGGAAGAGGUGUCCCCUCCACGCUGGAGGACUGAGCAAUGCGUCUCCGCAGGACCACGCUUGGUGUGCAGGCAGUCCUUGCUCCCACCCACCCCCAACCUCCUGAGGCGAUGACUUUUACCCUGGAAAGCAGUAAUACGUGGAAAACGAAUCCCGCGUUCCACUCUAGGCCAGAGGAAGCAGCCUCCAAGCUCACGCUGUCUCCUUCUUCAUCAUGUAUCCGAGAGUUGGCCCUACCACGGAAGUCCUUGGGACCGCACCCGCAGCCUGGGACCACCCACUGCCAUCUCCCCUUCCUCCUGUUUUGCUCCAAGACAGCUUCGUCUUGCUCCCAGAGUAUUAACAUGACUGACUCUCACCUAGGCCGAGGAUCCUGCCUGCCCUGGGCUCCCAGGAGUAACAUCAAGUGCCAGGCAGGGCCGCCGCCACUAAUGGGGACAGUGGGCUUGAGCGCCUCCAUGCCGAGCCCUGUGGCAGGCAGCAGGGCACCGAGUGGAGCCAUCCGUCCAUCACUCGGUCACGGCGGGCUCCUGCCCCAGACCUGGCCAGCACGUGUCACGGACAGGAGCUUGGAGAAGCAGCGUACCACGGGAGGCUCUUCUCAAAUCCCUGGCAGCUUGCUGCCUCUCGCUUCCUAUGGCUUUGGCAUGUUGGGCUCCGUAUUACCUCCUUGAAAUAAUAAAAGACUAACAUUUUCUA